AUGGAUACAUCUUCAAACUCAGUAAUAAAUUUAGAAGAGAAUGAUGGCGACCAAGAUGAAGAAUUAACCGCAACUCCUCUUUGGAAAUACGUUCAAAAGAUUGAUAAGAAAACUGGAGAUAAAGGAGGUGGUGGUGGACAGAAGUUCAUAUGCAAUUUCGGUUGCAAAGUGGAACCAUAUGCAGGAUCUUAUUCGAGGGUACGUCAACACUUGAUUGGUAUUUUACCUGGCGGCAAGUAUCAAGGUAUAUCAUUAUGUUCUAAAGUUUCAAAAGAAAUGAGAGAGAUUUUAAAAAAAGAAGAACUUGAUGCAAGAAGCUUGUACGGUGAUAGUGCUAAAGUAAAAAAGCUUUCCUUACCAAAUUCUAGUACGACACAAAAUCAGCAGACAUGUACGGGUCAAAGUGAAUUAUUUGAGAGUAUUGUUAAUAAAAUGUUUCAGAAGCACAGUAGGGAUGAUGUUGAUCAAAAGAUCGCGAGAUGCUUAUAUGUAAAUGCAAUUCCCAUGAAUGUUCUUCGGUCUCCAUCUUGGGCAGAAAUGGUGUCCGCCAUUAAUAAUGCACCAAAAGGCUACAAGUCUCCUUCUUAUGAAAAGGCUAGAACUUCUUUAUUAGACAAGGAGCAAAUGCUGGUAAAGCAAGCCCUAAAUCCUUUGGUGAGUGAUUGGCAGGCUCAUGGAGUUUCAAUUGUCUCUGAUGGUUGGUCAAAUGUGAAAAAUACAUCAUUAAUAAAUAUUAUGGCGGUAUCAGACGGCAAAGCAAUGUUUCUAAGCGCACACGACGUCUCAGGAAUAGAGAAAACUGGUGAGAACAUUUCUGCGAUUCUCUUGAAAGCAAUUGAAGAGAUUGGGCCUUGGAAUGUUAUACAAGUCCUCACAGACAAUGCGGCAAAUUGCAAACUGGCUGGAGAAAUCAUAGAACAAAAGUAUCCCCAUAUAUUUUGGUCGGGUUGUUUAGCACACACCCUAAAUUUAUUAAUGAAGGACAUAGCAAAAUCCAAGGAACCAGCCAUUUCAUUUGUGAAAGAAACAUAUACAAAAGGCAAGGACAUUGUGAAGUUCGUGAGGAAUCAUUCUCAAUGUCUUGCUUUAUUUAAGAAGUUUUCCCAUUUGGAGGUUCUCAAAUCAAAGAAGACACGGUUUGGAUUUCAUUUCGUCGUGUUGUCCCGGAUUGUCGAGGUAAGAGCUUCUUUGAUUUCCAUGGUAUUAUCAGAAGAAUGGAAAGAACUUAAGAAACCUGCAAAUGCAGAAGAACAUGCAAAAAUCACCUCAAUUGUCAUGGAUGGGAAUUUUUGGAGUAAUGCGGAGAAGGUGUUGCGAAUAACGAAGCCGAUAUAUAUAAUGCUUAGAUUUUCAGAUUCCGAUAAGGCCGUUAUAGGAGAAGCAUAUGAGCAAAUGGAUACGAUGCUGGGAAAUUUACAAGACACACUUGCAGAUGAUAUAAUGAUUCGAGAUAUUACUCAGCAAAUUGUGGUCCAGAGAUGGAGUAAAACAAAUAUCCCAUUGCACUGUUUAGCUUAUUUGCUUGUCCCUAAGUAUUACACGAAUGCAUGGCUAAUGAAACCAGCUCCUGGUGGCGUUAGUAGGAAGAAGCCUAACUUCGACCAAGAAGUUCAAGAUGGAUAUCUAGCUGCUAUAGAUAAGAUGUUUCUAGUGCCGGAAGAAGCUGCGGUUAUACGACAUCAAAUUAGUGAUUUUGUAAGUAAUGGAGGUUGUUUCGCGCGCCCACAAGCAAUAGCGGAUAGAGCAAAGAUGAGUGCAAAACAGUGGUGGGGUUUAUACGGCGGAGGAGCACCAGAGCUUUACAACUUAGCUAUGAGAGUGUUGUCUCAAAGUGUUAACUCGUCUUGUGCAGAAAGAUGUUGGAGCACAUAUAGCUACAUCCACAGUGUAAAGAGAAACAAAUUGGGAGCUGAUAGGGCUGAAAAGCUUGUGUAUGUUCACUAUAAUCAACGUCUUCUUGCAAGGCAAAGAGCAGAUUAUGGGAAUCUGUAUAGAAAUUGGGAUGUAAAUCCAGAAGAAAACAACAUUGAAGAAGCUAUUGAAGUAAUUGAGGCAAGGGAACGAGACGCUGUAUUUGAUGAUGAAGCAAACUACUUUACAACACCAACACCAGCUCUUAUCCCUCCAUCCUCCCCUACACCAACACCUCCACCUCCACCUCCACCUCCACCUCCAAGUUCACAAGAGCAGGAAACACAAGCACAAAUUAGAGUUCAGAGUGCCCGUAACAAACACAAGAGGCAAAAAAAAUCAAUGAAUGAGAUAUAUUCUCGAACAUGA